CAUCGAGCGAUCCAAAAGCCUAUAUCCCCGCAGCCUACAGGGGCUAAUUCGUGCAGCGAGCACUGAUGAGUGCUCCGGACGCAGACUUCGCGCAGACCCCCCAGGCCACAAGCCAACCACUUCCUAGCCUCGCCUAAGCGCUGCGCACGCGCACUUGCCACACCCGCUUCCGGUCCUGAGGCGAUGUUGGUGCACAUGCGCACACGCUCUGAGACGUGCCCUGCGGGAGGUGGGGCCUGCGAGGAUGCCUGGGCGAUGAAGUCAUUACUAGAGGCGAGCGUGUGUGUCCCCGCCUCCGAACGCUCCUCCCCCAAUGAGACGAGAGCUAGAUCCUGGCUGCCCACGUUUCAGUCUUAACGGUUGCCGCGCGGCGCUGGUCUCUGCGCACGCGCUCACGCACAUACGCACGCGCACGGGGUGGUGGUAGGAAGCCGCCGACACACGGGAGCCGGGGACCGGGCGGGCGCGGCGAUGGGCGAGGCGGAGACGCCUUCUUUCGAGAUGACCUGGAGCAGCACGACGAGCAGUGGCUACUGCAGCCAGGAGGACUCGGACUCGGAGCUCGAGCAGUACUUCACUGCGCGCACCUCGCUGGUGCGCAGGCCGCGCCGGGAUCAGGAUGAGCCUGUGGAACGGGAGACACCUGACCUUUCUCAGGCUGAAAUUGAGCAGAAGAUCAAAGACUACAAUGGCCAGAUCAACAGCAACCUCUUCAUGAGCCUGAACAAGGAUGGCUCCUACACAGGCUUCAUCAAGGUCCAGCUGAAGCUGGUGCGUCCUGUCUCAGUGCCAGCCAGCAAGAAGCCCCCCACCUUGCAAGAUGCCCGGCGGGGCCCAGGGCGGGGCCCAGCCGUGAAGCGCCGCACCUCCUUUUACUUGCCCAAGGAUGCUGUCAAGCACCUGCAUGUACUGUCGCGGACCCGGGCACGUGAGGUCAUCGAGGCCCUGCUGCGCAAGUUCUUGGUGGUAGACGACCCCCGCAAGUUUGCACUUUUUGAGCGGGCUGAGCGUCAUGGCCAAGUGUACCUGCGGAAGCUGUCGGAUGAUGAGCAGCCCCUGCGACUGCGGCUCCUUGCAGGGCCCAGUGAGAAGGCCCUGAGCUUCGUCCUGAAGGAGAAUGACUCUGGGGAGGUGAAUUGGGACGCUUUCAGCAUGCCUGAACUGCACAACUUCCUGCGCAUCCUGCAGCGCGAAGAGGAAGAGCACCUCCGCCAGAUCCUCCAGAAGUACUCCUAUUGCCGCCAGAAGAUCCAAGAAGCCCUGCAUGCCUGCCCACUGGGGUGACCUUGUACCCCUGGGUGGGAGGAGGAAUGUAGGCAGCGCCAGGAGUGUGCUGUGUGAGUGUGACAGGGCCUGUGGGGCCUGAGGAAUGAGUGUGCAUGGAGGCCCUCCCCUCCUAGGGAACGAGCCCAGAGAACAGCGAAGGAGUUGACCCUGUGUAUCCAGUGGGUGUAACAGGGCAUGGCCUUGUACCCCUCUGCCCCACCAUGUGCUAGGUCACCUAGGACCAGGACUUCCAGGGGAGCUGCUCCAGCUUGCAGCAAGGUGGGACAGACAGAAAUCUCUAAUUCAUGUUCCAGAUGCGAAGGUCUUGGAGACUACAAGAACAGGGUAGUGUGUGCAGGGGUGAGGGCCCUCGUCUGUGGGGCAACGUUGUAUGUUUUGGAUCUUGGAUAGGAUCUCAGGAUAGCCCUAGUGGAGCCAAGAGGGCGAUCAGAAUAAGGGGCCAUGGGGGAAGAGUCUAGGCUUUCUUCUGCAGUGCCCUCUGACUCCUCACACACCCUGAGGUCAGGGAGUGCUGGCUCACAGUGCAGCGACAGUGCCUCAACGCCUCCUCCAAGGAGGAUGGCCCUGGGCCAAGGUCUGUGAAGGUGGACCCCGGCCCAGGUCUGUACCUUGUUUGCCAACAACCAAAGCCAGGGUCUCUGCCUCAGGUAUUUUUGGUGACGUGUGCGAAUGUAUGUAAUGUUCUGUGGCCUCAGCUGAAUGUCUCCUGCAGGGAAAGGGGUGGGAGUGACAGUCACCAUCAGGACCUGGGGCCUGAGGAGUGUCUGAAUAAAGAUUUGAGAAUCUUC